UAAUGCUGACACUUGGACCAAUCAACCUCAGCCACGAUCUCUUUAAAUACAUUUUAAACAGUUGUGUUUGUGAUAGGAGUUUUAAUAUACGUGUUCUGAAAACGCCGGGUGUGUUCAUAUACGUUUAGUUGUCAAUAUUGUAAAGAAUAAAUAUGUUUGGUAUUCAAGCUCUGAUUUUGCUGUUAUUUCUCUCGUCCACAUUUGCCUUUUAUGAAAAUAACAAAGAUGUCGUUGAAUUAAAUCCUACCACUUUCCCUUCAAGAGUGCUCGAUAGUGAUGAAAUAUGGAUAGUCGAGUUCUAUGCUCCAUGGUGCGGCCAUUGUCAAGCACUUGUAUCAGAGUAUUCAAAAAUGGCAUCAGCUGUAAAGGGGUUAGUAAAAGUAGGAGCUGUAAAUGCUGACCAGCAUCAAUCUCUGGGUCAAAAGUAUGAAAUCAGAGGUUUUCCUACCAUAAAAAUUUUUGGUGUAAACAAAAACAAGCCUAAAGACUACUCUGGGCCAAGAACUGCCCAAGGAAUGGUAGAUGAACUCUUUAAGGAACUGAAGAAUCAAGUACAGUCUAAAUUGAGUGGCAAAAAAAGCAGUGGUGGUGAAAGUAAAUCUAGUCGCAAAGAAGGUGAUCCAAAGGAUGUUAUUGAACUUACUGACUCCAACUUUGAAGAAACUGUUAUUCAAAGUGAUGACAUGUGGCUUGUGGAAUUCUAUGCCCCUUGGUGUGGUCAUUGUCAGAGGCUGGCUCCUCAUUGGCAAGAAGCUGCAACAGAACUCAAAGGCAAAGUGAAACUAGGUGCAUUAGAUGCUACUGUUCACACAAUCAUGUCAAACAAAUAUAAUGUAAAAGGUUUCCCAACCAUCAAAUUUUUCCCUCAGGGAAGUAAAGAUGGAACUGCUGAAGAAUAUGAUGGUGGUAGAACAGCAUCUGAUAUUGUUUCUUGGGCUCUGGAGAAACUGGCUGAAUUUACUCCUCCACCAGAAGUAGAACAGGUCACAAAUGCUGCUAUUUUAAAGAAAGCAUGUGAAGAACAACCUCUUUGUGUAAUCAGUUUCCUUCCUCACAUCCUAGAUUGCCAAUCUGCUUGUAGGAAUGAAUACAUUGACAUUUUAAAACAAGUAGGCAAUCGUUUCAGAAAGAACAGAUGGGGAUGGAUUUGGGCUGAAGCUCUUGCUCAACCACACUUGGAAGAUGCUUUGGGCAUUGGAGGUUUUGGAUAUCCAGCCAUGGCUGUUGUAAAUGCAAGGAAAAUGAAAUAUUCUGUUCUCAGGGGUCCAUUCAGCUAUGAUGGAAUUUCAGAGUUUAUAAGGGCUGUAUCAGUUGGUCGUGGCAGUAGCUCACCUAUCAAAGGUGCUCAACUUCCUGAAAUUAUUAAUACUGAGCCUUGGGAUGGCAAAGAUGGACAGUUACCUGUUGAAGAAGAUAUUGACCUCAGUGAUGUGGAUCUCUCUGAUGAAGAGACAGACGCUACUAGAGAAAAAACUGAAUUAUGAGCAACAAACAUUUAGAACAUGUAGACUAAGCAAUACGGACAAUGUAAAAAAUUUCUCAUCUAUUUUCCAACUAACAUGACUCAUCUGAUGAAACUCUCAUUUCAUUUGGAACUGUUAAACUUAUUUUGAUGCAAGACUUAGCCAGUGCAAUUUCAACUGUUAAAUGUGAUAUGUAUUUAUUUUGGAAACUUAAUUUUUUCUAGGUAAUAGUUCUUUAGGCUUAAGUAUUAAAAAUGAUUUUGGGUUAUUUCUAUUUUAUAUAAAGUCAUCUCCUAUUUAUUCAACAUCUGGUUGGAACAUUGUUAGAACUAAUCACAUCUAAUUAGAUGUGAAAUAAUGCAACUGAUAUGGGUACAACUUCCUUUAUAGCAAUCUUCCAUUGUUUGAAACACAGGCUUGUUUAUGUGCUUUUACAGUUUUUGUAUACUUAACUGUUUGAACACUACUUUGUUGACAGCAUUGUUUUGCAUUAAAAUAGUUUUUUAUAAA